AUGAAAGCGACUCAUAAAGCCAAAUUAGAAAGAACAGAGAUGAGGAUGAUUAGAUGGAUGUGUGGGGUAUAUCUGAGAGAGAGAAAAACUAGCAAAGAAUUGCGAGCAAGAUUGGGUAUAGAAAUGAUCGGAGUGAUAAUGCGACGAAAUAGACUAAGAUGGCUUGGGCAUGUGGAACGUAUGACAAAAGAUGACUGGGUAAAGAGAUGCACCUUGAUGGAAAUAGGAGGAUCAAGACCUAGAAGAAGACCCAAGAUGACGUGGACAAAUGUGAUAGCGGCGGAUAUGAGAAGCAUGAAUCUUACAAAUAUUGAUGCUCAGGACCGUCAAAAAUGGAAAAGAAAAAUCAGAGGGAAAACUGGCCUACCCGGGUAA